AUGAUGGUAAAUCAAACGAACAUCAAAGCGGCGUCGGAUGGAGUAUGGGAAGGAGACAAUCCUCUGAAUUGUGCCUUUCCUCUCUUAAUAGUGCAAGUCGCAAUCGUCCUCUUUAGCAGCCGCUUCCUUGCCUUCCUCCUCAAGCCCCUACGUCAACCUCAAGUCGUCGCCGAGAUCCUCGGAGGGAUACUGCUUGGACCUUCAGCAUUGGGGAGAAACAAAUAUUUCACUGAACUAGUGUUUCCGAAAUGGAGCACUCCGAUACUUGAGUCAGUAGCAAGUAUAGGUCUCCUUUUCUUCCUCUUUCUUGUUGGUCUAGAACUAGACCUAGCAGUUCUAAGCCGCACAGGAAAGAAAGCUUUUGCUAUAUCUUUCGCAGGAAUAUGUCUCCCUUUUGCUUUAGGCGCAGCUAUCUCUCUCUUCCUCCGUAGAGCCGUGGAAGAAGAUCAUGACUCGGCAGGGUAUUGGCAAUUCCUUCUCUUCAUUGGAGUUGCUCUUUCCAUCACAGCUUUUCCAGUCCUUGCUCGUAUCUUAGCCGAGCUCAAGCUCUUGACCACAAGCGUUGGCCAAACGGCCUUAGCAGCUGCAGCCUUCAACGACAUAGCCGCCUGGAUCCUCCUUGCCUUAGCCGUGGCUCUCCCCGGUCGACACGACCACCAGAAACACGCCUCUCCGUUGAUAUCCUUAUGGGUCCUUCUCUCGGGUCUUGCCUUUGUAGUCUUCAUGAUUUUUGUGGUUAGACCCGCCAUGAAAUGGAUUGUCCGGUAUGAUGGUGGCGCAAUGCACGAGGCUUGUAUAUGCCUAACACUAGCAGGAGUCAUGGUGUCCGGUUUCAUCACUGACCUAAUCGGACUACACUCUAUAUUCGGGGCCUUUGUCUUUGGCCUGAUCAUCCCCAAAAGUGGGUGUUUUAGCCAGAGGCUCGUCGAGCGUAUAGAGGACUUUGUGGCAGGGCUGCUGCUUCCGCUCUACUUUGCAUCUAGUGGACUAAAGACGGAUGUGAACAAGAUCAGAGGCGCUGAGUCGUGGGGGAUCUUGGCCUUAGUCAUAUCCACGGCUUGCGCAGGCAAGAUCAUAGGCACCUUCGUCAUGGCCAUGAUGUGCGCUAUACCGGCUCGUGAAUCCCUCACUUUAGGGCUAUUGAUGAACACUAAAGGGCUCGUUGAGCUAGUUGUCCUCAACAUCGGUCGAGAGAAGAAGGUGCUAAACGAGGAGAUGUUCGCAAUUCUAGUGGUGAUGGCUAUCGUCACAACCUUCAUGACGACCCCAUCAGUCAUGGCUAUAUACAAACCAUUGAACAAUCGCGGUUCGGACUCUACAUCUGAUGGUAAGGAGAAGUUACGCAUCUUAGCCUGCUUACGUGAUCCCCGAGACGUCCCUUGUAUAAUCAAACUCGUCGAGUCUUUUGCUACGUCCAAUGAAUCAGUCAAAGUAUAUGUGAUGUACUUGAUGGAACUCACUGACCGAUCAUCCUCCAUCUCUAUGGUCCAAAGAACUAGAAGAAACGGUGUGCCGUUCAUAGACAGGCUGUGUAAAGGGAGGUCACUUGACGAGAUAGAAGCUGCGUUCAAUAUAUACGGACAGGCCAGGGACCAGAAGCAACAGAGGAUAAGGAUACGACAUUUGAAAAGUGUGUCGGCGUUGGGAACAAUGCACGAGGAUAUAUGCAAUGUUGCGGAACAUAAGAAGGCAUGGAUGAUCAUAUUACCGUAUAUGGUAAAUGGAUGGGGUGUGGUUAAUCAGAGGGUGAUGGAGAAUGUUAAAUGCUCUGUGGUUUCGGUUCUAAACCGUAGAGAGGCUGGAGAAAGCAGUGCUAGUAUAGGCCAAGGGACAAAAAGAGUAGGACUAGUGUUCGUUGGUGGACCUAACGAUAGAAAAGCACUUGAGAUUGGAAGAAGAAUGGCCCAACACUCCAAGAUCAUAGUAACACUCUUGCGGUUCUUGGAUAAGACCAUAACUUCUUCGUAUUGUGAAAAGGUGACAAAUCAUUUACCAUUUGAAGUGAUGGUUGUGAUGAUGCAGGAGAUUGAUGAAGUAGCAGUGGAAGAAUUCAAGAAACAAUGUGAAGGUGUAGUGGUAGAGUAUGAAGAGAUAGUAGGUGAGGGAAAUUUAGCAGAGAUUAUAAAGGCAAUGGGAAGGAGGAAGGAGUAUGAGCUUUUGAUAAUUGGAAAUCGACAAGUAACAAGUAGUUAUGAGAUGGGAAGAGUAGAGGUUUCAACACUACUCAUUCAAGGAGGCAGUGAGAAGGAUACAGCUAAAACUAUUACGGGAAAUGAUGUUUGAGACUAGGGAAGAGGAUCCAGAUACUUAUGUCCAUACAAUGCUACCUCUAAAU